GGAAGACAAGUUUACGAACUACUUCCUAAAACAAUAAAUAUCCCUUCCCCAGCCACUAGGAAUUUGAUUCGAACAAGAAACAUAGAUGAGAGAAAGGAUAAGAAUGAUAGAAGCCCAAAGCAUCAGGUCAAGGUAAGAUUAGGAGGGAGAAAUUUUGGUUUCAUUCAGAUCCUUCUUUAAUAAAGUAUUAAAAAAAAAAAACAAAAAAACACCUUUUGGGGCGCCUGGCUGGCUCAGUUGGUAGAGCAUGCGACUCUUGAUCUCAGGGUCGUGAGUUCAAGCCCCAUGGUGGGUGUGUCCUACUUUUAAAAAAAAUGGUGGGGAAAAAAAAAACCUUUUUCCCCUACCCUUCUUUUUGUCCUUCCCCUUCUCAUUAUGUUCAGUAACAGUGCUUGCCAAUUCUUAGGUGUCCACACACUAUAGAAUGUCAAGGAGCUGGCAUUCCCUUGUCUGGGGACACAUAAUAUACAGAUCCUUUCAUUUUGCCUCUUCUGUCUAAAAAUGAAAUUCUAGUAAACAUCCGUUUUUAGUGUUGUUAAUUUAAUGAGUCAUUCCUAAUUCGAAGCCCCUGCCUCUGUCUUAGUGUGAGAAUUAGUAAAAUAAGUAACACUAAACCAUUUUAAAUUGGGGGAAGAAAGGCACUAUGAAAACAUGAGGUAUUGCUGCUUGAGUUGGUAAAAAUUCAACUAAACCUGGUUUCUUUAGGAAGUUUGGAGACCAAACACCGUAACAGAACACAGGACCUUGCUUCAAGACAAUAUCGUCCCCGUUCCACACCUUUCCUUAGUACUUUUUGGUGUGCUAUUGUAAACUCCUUCACCAUCUGACCAAGACAUUUCCUAAUGACCAGCUGCAACAAUUUGGCUUUAUCCCAUUCUCAUUCCGUAAGCAACGGUAGGGCUGCAACUUCAUGAAAUUAAUUCCUAGAAGUCACAAAACAAGAUUUUGACAGGAGGGGGUGUCCCUCAUUUAGAGUUCCCUUCUGGAUAAGAUACUGGAGGCCUUGUUGCAGGGAAUUCUUGAGAGAAAACAAUAGGAGGAUGAGGGACUGUGAUGGGUUUUUCCCCCCCCCCUAAAGAAAAAUAUCAAUAACCCUGUUGACAGUGUAAAGCAGUGUUUCUAUCUGGGGUCAAGGCCAGAGCAAUGGACACCUUAUCCCACUCAUCCUCUUCCUCUGAUAAAGCCCCAGCCAGUACCGUAAAGUCUUUUUUCAGAAGAGCCUAGCGGGCUUUUUUUUAAAAGUGCUUGAAAAAGAAAGGGACAAAGGACAACUGAAAUUAAGAGGAUUUCCAGUCUGUUCUGGUGGCUGGUCCAGAAGGAUGUUUCAGUUCCUGCUUCUCACCUGCCUCUUCUUCACAAUCACACCUGCAUCACCAAUGGCCCUAGAUCCUUGUUCCGCUUACAUCAGUUUGAAUGAACCAUGGAGGAACACUGACCAUCAGUUCGAUGAGUCUCAAGGUCCCCCUCUUUGUGACAACCAUGUGGAUGGGGAGUGGUACCGCUUCACAGGCAUGGCAGGGGAUGCCAUGCCCACCUUCUGCAUACCAGAAAACCACUGUGGAACCCAUGCACCUGUCUGGCUCAAUGGCAGCCACCCUCUAGAAGGUGAUGGCAUCGUGCAACGCCAGGCCUGUGCCAGCUUCAGCGGGAACUGCUGCCUCUGGAACACCACGGUGGAGGUCAAGGCUUGCCCGGGAGGCUACUAUGUGUAUCAUCUGACCAAGCCCAGUGUCUGCUUCCAUGUCUACUGUGGUCAUUUUUAUGACAUCUGCGACGAGGACUGCCAUGGCGGCUGUGUAGACACCAGUGAGUGCAUGUGCUCUCCAGGGACGGUGCUGGGCCCCGACAGGCAGACAUGCUUCGAUGAAAAUGAAUGUGAGCAAAACAAUGGUGGCUGCAGUGAGAUCUGUGUAAACCUGAAAAAUUCAUAUCGCUGUGGGUGUGGGAUUGGCCGCGUGCUAAGAAGUGACGGCAAGACGUGUGAAGACAUUGAAGGAUGUCACAGCAACAAUGGUGGUUGCAGCCACCUUUGCCUUGUGUCCGAGAAGGGCUAUCAGUGUGAAUGUCCCCGGGGCUUGGUGCUGUCUGAGGACAACCACACGUGCCAAGUCCCCGUGUUGUGCAAGUCGAAUACCAUUGAAGUGAGCAUCCCCAGGGACCUGGUUGGCGGUCUGGAGCUCUUCCUGACCAACACUUCCUGCCGAGGAGUGUCCAAUGGCACCCACGUCAACAUCCUCUUCUCCCUCAAGACGUGUGGCACAGUGGUUGAUGUGGUAAAUGACAAGAUUGUGGCAAGCAACCUUGUGACAGGUCUACCCAAGCAGACCCCAGGGAGCAGCGGAGACAUCAUCAUCCGAACCAGCAAAGUGCUGAUCCCGGUGACCUGCGAGUAUCCACGCCUGUACACCAUUUCAGAAGGAUACGUCCCCCACCUUAGAAACGCCCCACUGGAAAUCAUGAGCCGCAGUCAUGGAAUCUUCCCGUUCACUCUGGAGAUCUUCAAGGACAAUGAGUUUGAAGAGACUUACCGGGAAGCCUUGCCCACCCUCAAGCUUCGAGACUCCCUCUACUUUGGCAUUGAACCUGUGGUGCACGUGAAUGGCUUAGAAAGCCUGGUGGAGAGCUGCUUUGCCACCCCCACCUCCAAGAUCGACGAGAUCCUGAAGUACUACCUCAUCCAGGAUGGCUGUGUUUCAGAUGACUCCGUGAAGCAGUACACGUCCCGGGACCACCUAGCAAAGCACUUCCAGGUCCCUGUCUUCAAGUUUGUGGGCAAAGACCACAAGGAAGUGUUUCUGCACUGCCAGGUCCUUGUCUGUGGACGGCUGGACGAGCAUUCCCGCUGUGCCCAGGGCUGCCACCGGCGAAUGCGCCGUGAGGCAGUGGAAGGAGAGGACACAGCUGGUCCACAGAGCCAGAUGCUGACAGGCGGCCCGAUUAACAUCGACUGGGAGGACUAGGACCACCCAACACCCGACUCCUGGCUCUGGGUUGCCCACCUCUUUGGAAUUACUCCCCUCUGAGAACAUCAGUGAACACCUUCGAACAUGGCACUUCUUUAAACCUCAUACUGUGGGUUUCGACAGACUCCCAGAACUGACUCAUUCUGACUCGGGCCCCUGGGUUGGGAAAGAGCACUUCACUGCUGACUGACCUGACCCACGUGGGGCUUCAUCCUCCUGACGUUGAAAGCUACACUGUCCCUUCAGAAAGCAGCUCACUCCAUUUCCCACGUUUCUUUCCUUACAAUAAAACCCCUAGUGUAGGAUGCAAUAGGACAACUACAGUCAAAAGUUGGGCAUGAUACUUCACACUACAAACUUGAAAUAAAUAGUUGCUUGAAAUUUUGACUUAAAUACCCAAUGACUCCUUAAAUAUGUAAAUAGUAAUUGUACCCUGAAAUUUCAAUUCAAACACAGAAUACUCAUGGGGGAUUUGGAAGUUUAUCAAUAUAAGUGUGUACUAAAAAUUACUAUUGGGUUUUCCUCUUGCAUGAUGUUUUCUUCUUUGAUGUUUUUAUAUUAUCUUAAGUGAAAUAUUUUCAAUUAAUAAAUAUUAAUAAAUUUAUUGACAUGCAGGGCACCUGGGUGGUGCAGUGGGUUAAGCGUCCGACUCUUGGUUUUAGCUCAGGUUGUGAUCUCAGAGUCAUGAGAUCGAGCCCCAUGUCAGUCUCCAUUUAACGUGGAGUCUGCUUGAGAUUCUCUCUCUGUCUGCCCCUCCUACUCCCCUAAAAUAAAUAAAUAAAUAAAUCUUUUAAGAAUGUAUUAACAUGCAUUUAAGAGGUUCAAUGACUGAACUGUAGACAAAAUUAAAAUUUGGUACCAUAUGCCCUGUUAUUUGGCAUUCUAUGCCCUCAGACUGAUAA